AUUUCCUACUGGGUAUAGCGACUCGCGACCGAGAGUAGAGGAGUUAAAUACAACGUAACACGCACCGUGUACAGUUCGCAUUAAAGAUGGGUAAAAAUAGCCUUGUGUUCGUCCUGAGUUUGGUGGUUGCCGGAUUAGGGUCGUAUUUGAUCUACCCCUUAUUGAGCACGCCCCCCGUGCCGGCGGUUGAGGAGAAAUGGUGGGGCCCGGGAGAACCUACGAAAGAAGACGCUAGCGUUAGGGAGAUGAAGAUCAAUGUUUCGGAGAAUGUAUUAGAAGACCUCGACCAUCGACUUUCCAAUCAUUUGCCGUUUCAAGACCCGUUAGAAGACGCGAAACAGCACUACGGCAUGAACACAAGGCUCCUGGAGACAAUCGUAGACCACUGGAAGACAAAAUACAACUGGAGGGAAAGAGAGAACUUCCUGAACCAAUAUCCCCACUUCAAAACGAAAAUUCAAGGCUUGGAUAUACAUUUCGUCCACGUGAAGCCCAAAGAAACCAAAGGGCUCAAAGUGGUGCCCUUAUUGUUGGUCCACGGGUGGCCAGGUUCCUUUAGGGAGUUCCUCGAGACCAUCCCAAUGUUGACGACGCCUCAGUUAGGAAGAAAUUUCGUUUUUGAAGUCGUUGUGCCUUCUUUGCCAGGUUACGGAUUUUCUGAUGCUGCUGUAAGGCCCGGAAUGAACCCUUCAGCUAUUGCUGUAAUAUUCAAGAAUCUCAUGGCUAGGCUUGGCUUCAACCGGUAUUAUAUUCAGGGUGGAGACUGGGGCUCAAUGAUAGUCCACGUGAUGUCAGUCUUGUACCCGGACAGAAUCCUAGGCGUCCACCAGAACAUGUGCUUCGUGAACACACCGAUCGCCAACAUGAAGAUGUUUAUGGCCAGCGUCUAUCCAUCCCUAUUCAUGAAACAGGAACACGUCAAUCUGAUAUAUCCUUUAAGCAAGAUGUACUCUUACAUAUUAUUGGAGUCUGGGUAUCUUCACUUACAGGCUACCAAGCCGGAUACAGUCGGAGUUGCUCUCAGGGACAGCCCUGUAGGUCUAGCGGCUUACAUUCUCGAAAAAUUCACAACGUGGACCAAUAAGGAAUGGAAAGAUCUAGAAGACGGCGGACUCACAAAGAAAUACACUCUCACGAAUUUGUUGGAUAAUGUGAUGAUCUACUGGGUCAAUCGGAGUAUCACAACCUCUAUGAGGUUGUAUUCAGAAGCAUUUUCAUCAGAUUAUUACAACCAACAGUGGGAUAGACAGCCAAUAAAGGAUGUACCCAGUGGCUGUCUUAGGGCGGAACACGAGAUCGCAUUUUCUCCGGACUUUAUCCUUGAAGAAAAAUACGAAAAUUUGGUGCAUCUGAAAGACUACGAUAACGUCGGCCAUUUCGCUGCUUUCCAAGAACCGGAAUUGUUCAGCAAAGAUGUUUACGAUUUCGUCGAUAAGGUGGAGAAAUUACCGAAGGAAAAGAAAAAAUAACAAGCUGUUUUUUUUCCUGUUUUGUUAGCGCCGCAUGUCCUUUUUUUCGACAGCCUGUCUGGAGGAGUAUGCUCAAUAAUGUUCGUAUGAUUGUUUCGUGGUGUUUAAAGAGAUGACUGAAAAACAAUUCUAUCAGUUUAUUUUUUGUGCGUUUUUUAUACGUUUUUUUUCAUCAUCGUAACUAGUGAACAAAUAUGUGUCACAAAGCUACGAUUAAAGAAAGAAUGUAUAAUAGGUGUAAAAUGCACAAAAAAUGCAUUUCUUGUUAAAAAAAUAAUGUUUUUUUUUUUUAGUCAGCUGAUAAUUCGUUUAAAAGGAUUUAUAACACCAAACAAGCAGUUGAAAAAGGGACAUGCGACAUUUGUGAUUUGUUGGUGUAAUAAUUGUUUACUAUGAAAAAUUAAAUUUGCAUUGUUUCCAUAA